CCUGUCGGUCGCAAAAAGUCGCGUCAGCCGUCUGCUCAGCCAACUAGCGAUUACGAGUCUGACACUGCUGCCAACUUCACCGACACCGCACCCAUUCUCCCGCCUCCUCCGGUCAGGAGCAACGAGGAGCUCAAUCUGCUGGUCCUCCGCCGCUGGCAACCCCACGUCACUUCGAUCCUCACAAUCGCGCCCUUUGCAGUACUUUACCUCUUCAGCGCCGAGUCACAAGGCUGGGAGAAGUGCGAAGUGCAAGGCUCGCUGUUCGUAUGUGUAUUGAGGAAUGGCGGGUACAAGCUUGUGAUUUUGAACAGGAAAGGCCUGGAGAACUGGGAAUUUGAGCUCAGAUCUGAAGAGGCCAUCCAAGUCACUGAGGAGUAUGUCAUUGUGCAGAAAGAGGACCAGGACGGAGAAGUGCAGAUCUAUGGGAUUUGGAUCUUUGAGGAAAAGGGUGGGAACACGAGAGAGGUCAUUGGGACUGCGAUCUUAGGAUGUGCGAGGGAGGUCGAGGCGUUGAACGAUGAGUCCUUUGCUCGUGGGGAUGACAUCGGAAACGAGGGCGAAGAGGAGAUUGUGGAAGGCUACGAUAGGACAUAUGCGGAAGAAUAUGAGAGCCAGCAGCGAGCAGAGAUGAAUGAACGGGAUGCGGGCCAGGAAGUCUGGCCUAGGCAAGAGACUCCGAGACAGACGUAUGAGGCGCGGCUACCACAGCAGGCGCAGGGGCAGCCUAUCGAUCUGGCAACGCUCUUUGGCAAGGCGAGCGCGCCGCAAGCACAUCCGCCCCAGCCUCCGGCAACACAGAUCAACGUUGGUGGGACGGUUUUUACAAGUGCGCCUUUCGCUGAAGAGAGGCCAGCGGCUGCUAAUGCACCCCAAUUCCCACAGACCGCAGACACAAAUUUUUUCAGAGGAACAGCAUCGCCUGCACAACCGGCCGAGCAGACGCAGCAAAAUACACUACUUGAUCUCUUCAAAAAUGCGAAGAGAGGGUGAGGAGAGCACAACCUCUGCACAAGCCCACCAUCGCUUCGGAAAGAAUAGAACGACUUAUUAUAAAUCAAGAUACCCAGGACUUACGUAGCUGAAGAAGAGCUGCCUUUGAGUACAAUUCCAUGGGAAUGGGCUUUUUUUGGACUCUCCUUGGACUUCCUCUGGAACACCAGCCUGAGUGGCAAGCAGUCUGGGGAGGUUCCCAACACCGAUUCUUCCACAUGACAUGUAUACACCAUCACUGCCAAACGAUUAGCAUCCGAUCUUACGUCAACGAUCUUCAUGCGAG